GCGGCUAAGCGGUGCCGAGCGUCGCACAGUCGCGACGGCAGCCACCGGCGCGCGGUUAUACCCCCUUUUCUUCAAACCUGCACACGCAACCCCGCACCGCUACGUUCGGCGCACGUUUUGCCUGUCUCCACGACGGCGAGGGAACGUUGCCCCAAGUUGCGAAAGAAAGAGAGAGAGAAAAAAAAGAGUGAGUGAGAGAGAGAGAGAGAAAGAGAGAGAGAGAGAGAAAGAGAGAGGGCGUCCUUCGUGGCCGUCUGCCACCACCCCCCUCCGGCAUUCAACCCCGGAGAGAAAGAAAGAAAGAGAAAAAAAGAGAGAGGGAGGGCGAGAGGAAGGGAGAAAAAGAAAUCAACAUCGGCGUCUUUGAAAAUCGCUUGUCUCGUUUCAUCGACGCGCUCAUCAACUCCGAUCGAGAGCCCGGCAUCGUUCUUCAACUUUGCGGCGGUGCACGUGGCGCGCGCGGCACGCGGUGCUUCGAGAGAAAGAGAGAUAGAUAGAAAGACAGUAGGUGGAUAGGUAGCAAGCGCGUGCUAGAGAAGAGAGAGAAGGGCGAGAGGACAACACUGGGCAAGGGAGGAGAGAGAGAAAGAGAGAGAGAGAAAGAGAAAGAGAGAGAGAAAGAGAGAAGGAGAGAAAGGAAGAGAGAGAGAGAGAGAAGCGUAGAGUGAUAUAGAGGAAGGACGGAAAAGGGGGAGAAGUGGCAGAGGAGACAGCUACCGAAAGGGGGUCGGGCGGGAGCAGAGAGGGUAGAGAGGAAAAGAAACAGAGCACGAGGGCAGAGCUGCAUCCCGACGGAUAGAAGAAGUCAACGAGGAGAGCCAAAGGGAGCCUGGUACCUUCCUUCCUGUUUCUUUCUGUCAAUCUUACCACAUAAAGAAGGACGGAGGAACCGACGGCCACAAGUAAGUCGGCGAGGAGGAAGCGGGACAUGCUGGAACCACGCUGGAGACCCGUCCAGGUCAGUGGUGUAUACUUCCCUGGCUUCUGAGAGACACAGUGACGUGGCUUGUUGAUGGACACAUUGGUGAAAAUCCGUUCGACAACGGUUCCUGGGGAAAGGAGCAUUUUCAGCCAUCGACGGUUCCCUGGCAGCUGAAUACGCGCAGUCACGGUCGUCCUAGUGACGAUGGCAUAAUGGAUCAUGACACAGACGGAGACGGCGCGAUCAACUUGUCAACGUCACAGCGACCCUCCGCCGCCACCACCCCUAAUGGUGAUACUCCCACUUACGGCCAAGAUCAACAAGACAACGAUCAGGCUACUUCGCUGUUCGCAGCCUUGAAGCAGCAACAACAGCAAUCGCGCGACAGCGUCUUCUCAUCGAGGGACCGCGAGUGCCGCGACCGGGAUCGUUUGUCUACGGCUCGCAAUCGUGACUCCAGCAGGGGCAACAUAGUGGAGACCGGAGGCGGAAGCGGCGUUGCUGAUCAACAACAGCAACAGCAGCAACAGCAGGAUCUCGGUAUCGAGUACCAAAGCAAUGGGAAGCUCAGUCCCGCCGGACACGCAGUGACAGCAGCACCCAUGACCCAGCAAAAGCAACCAAUCAUCACGCAGCAGUCGCAACAGCCCAGUUCGGGGGCACCAGGGCCCCAACCUAGUCCACAUCAGAGCCCGCAAGCCCCACAGAGGGGUUCACCGCCGAAUCCCUCUCAAGGUGCGCCACCCGGUGGCCCGCCAGGGGCACCACCAUCGCAGACCUCCUCGCAGAUGAUGCUCAGCUCGGCGAGCGGUCUCCAUCAGAUGCAACAGCUGCUGCAACAACAUAUACUCAGCCCCACGCAACUGCAAUCCUUUAUGCAGCAGCAUACAUUGUAUUUGCAGCAACAACAACAGCAACAUCAUCAGGAUUCAUCUUCCGAUCAUGCAUCUAAUCAGGAACGAUUUGGCUACUUCUCCUCUUUAAAGAACCAUCAGCAUCAACUCGCAGAACUCAAUAAGAAGCAAUUGGAGCAGACAAUGCAACAACUGCAGGAACAAUUGCAGCUGAACUUAUUUCAGCAGACGCAUUUAUUGCAAACGGCGGAUAAGAAGAAAGCUUCGGCGCCUCUCCAACAAUUAGCGAUUCAGCAGCAGCAACUGAUACAACAAUUGCAGAUUACGCAAAGGCAGUAUCUGUUGCAGCAAGGAUUGAGCCUGCAAGGUCACAAUCCUUCUUCAGGUUUGCCACCAGGUGAUAAUCUACCAUCAUGGAAAUCAGAGCCGUCAGACACCUCGGAAUCCCAUCAAAACUCCAGCGUGCCGAAAUCCAAUUCUGGAUUGAACGGCAUUCUGAAUUCGAUAGCUUCAAGCCGACGAUCCGAGGUGAAUGGCACAACGCCAAUGGACGAGAAACCGCUGGACGCUUCAUGCAACGACAAAGUUCACCCUCUUUAUGGCCAUGGGGUUUGCAAAUGGCCAGGCUGUGAAGUAAUAUGUGAAGACUAUCAAGCAUUCCUUAAACAUUUAAAUACAGAACACACGUUGGACGACCGAUCGACAGCGCAAGCCAGGGUCCAGAUGCAAGUAGUGUCACAGCUAGAAAUUCAGUUGCAAAAAGAACGAGAUCGAUUAGGUGCCAUGAUGCAUCACCUGCAUAUGGCGAAACAAAUGGCUUCCCCAGAACCACCAAAAUCAUCAGAGUCAUCGACGGGCUCGAAUUUACCAAAGUUAAAUUUUUCCACUGCGCUGAUGAGUCAGCCACCACCUAACUUCGGGGUCUCUCAGGUAUCACCAGUAUCCAUGUCCGCGCUGGUGUCCGCUGUGAGGUCACCCGCGGGUGGUCAACUGCCUCCAUCGGCUGGUGCUGCUCCGAUGCCGCCACUUCCGACCAUACCUAACAUGUCUGGCUUACCACCAAUGCCCAACAUGCCUGGUAGUAUGCCAAGCAUGGCUGGUCCCAUCCGACGGCGUAUCAGCGAUAAGUCAGCUCUUUCAUUGGCAGGAGGGCUGCCCUACAUGCUGGAGCGUGCUGGUCUUGACGUCCAACAAGAAAUUCAGCGAAAUAGGGAAUUCUACAAGAAUGCAGAUGUCAGACCACCGUUCACGUAUGCAUCUUUAAUUCGGCAGUCUAUCAUCGAAUCUCCCGAGAAGCAACUGACGCUCAACGAAAUUUACAACUGGUUCCAAAACACAUUCUGCUAUUUCCGACGCAACGCAGCAACGUGGAAGAACGCGAUCCGCACCAAUCUAUCAUUGCACAAGUGUUUUGUGCGCUAUGAGGACGACUUCGGUUCAUUCUGGAUGGUGGACGACGCCGAGUUCGUAAAGCGGCGGCAUCUGUCCCGCGGCCGCCCCAGGAAAUAUGACCCAACCCCAUCACCCACUCCACCCCACCUCUCCGCACAGGGUGUCCCAUCGAAGAGUCCAACGUUAACGCACAGUCCUACUAUGUACGGUGACGCGCUAAAUGCCAACCUGCAGUAUUUCCAGGCACUCGGAGAGUCUAAUAUGGGAUUUUUGAACAAUCCGAUGUGCACCUCCACAGCGACAAGCCCUGAUAAGGAACAUGUGUUACCUCAUAAUGACUUAAUGUCGCCGCUGGAUGAACCGGCCGUGCACAUAAAACAAGAGAGCCACAGUCCCGAAGGAGGAAAGCACACGAGAUUAAUAAAGCGUGAGCUGCCGGACGGUUCCAUAGAGCAGGAAACGGAGGAGGAUCAAACGGAUGAGAGAGAAUACUCGGAGAGCCAUGGCCACGACUCUGGCCAGGACGAGGACAUAGCAGAGGAUCUGUCGAUGGCACCCGAUAUAAUGAUCCCAGAGGAUCAGGUCGAGGCGUAGUACUGCCCCAUGAUGAGUCAGUAAAAAAAGUCGAGAUGUAUACAAGAUGUGUCUCGUGUUUGUCAAGCGAAGAGACAAAUCUUCUAUGUUGAUCAGGUCAAUGUAAAGAUAAAAAAUGAGGAGAGAGAGAG